ACCUGUGCAGACGGACCGACCUGGGCGUGGUGACGCCCUACCCGCUGCACGUGACCUACAGUAGUGCGAACUGGUCCGACAACUGGCAGCAGGUGGGGGAAUGGAUGCCGGUGGGUCCGCUCUUCUCCAUCCAGUGUGAGGACGUGGAGGGGCCGGUGGACAUCCUACUGCCGCACGUGCUGUGCCUGGCUGAUGCAACUGAACUCAACCCAGAAGACCUCCAAGUCGUGCACGUGGUUGGAGAUUCCCCCGAGCUGCUGCCGGUUACAGAACUCACCCCCUCCCACGCGGUGACCAGGUUCAAGAAAGGCAGCCUGUUUGGGGCGGUGGGGAGGACAGAAAAAGUCCUGGGCAUCUCCAGGAACGGGCUGCUGACGGCUUUUGCUGCUGUGAAUGAGUCCGACUUUUCCAGGUUGAAAGUCUACAUUGUCUCCAACACUACCAUCAUGCAUGAGUCCCUUCAAAAGAACGAGAAAGGGUGGAACUUUGCACCAUGUGACUACAGGACCUGUGAGCUAAAGCCAGGUGCUGUUUACUAUCUAGAAGGAAGCAUUACAAACGGCAGAGACAUGUCUGUGUCUUCAUCUCCCCAGGUCUGUUGA